UUCCCAGGGACACCGGAAGCGACAAUGCGCAAGCUCGAGGGAUCGCCGGCGGGCCCUUUAGAGUACCUUGGUGAUGGCAAAGUUAUCCCCACAGGGGCAAGGGUAGAAAUAUGUCUCCGAGUCCUCGUCAUAUUGAAAGUCCUCGAUCUCCACCUCGUCGUGAAACACCGCCAUGGUCACCCGGUCGGCACCGCAUCAGCUUGCCUACCUGCGCCCAGGCAGGGUAAGGCCCGGUCUUCCCGGUCCACCCUGGCGCAGGAACAGUCACUUCCGGACGCACAGGCGAUGACGUAACUUCUACCGCCGCGGCCAAAAGGGUGACCCGGUCGCGGUCGCCAUGGAGAUAGCGCCGGAAAGAUGGUGCUUCCUGCGCAGCAGCGUUGCGCAGUUCUCCGUCCACUGGGUGCCAGCGACCAAUAGUGUGAAGGGCUCCCUCUCAUGGCGGUUACGUCAGUCCGGGGCCCGGGGAGUUUGGGCUUGGGAUAUAAACGAGUUUUCUAUGCAGGUGGAGUCUUGUCCUCCAUAGCUGACUUCAGAGGACAUUAAAAGAAUUGGCGGAGGCUACGCCCUCUUGAAAGGGGGAAUCAUUGAGGCUCAGGGAGCCACACAGCGUCCUCUCCAGUUCUCGGCCCACAGCGCUCCUGCAAUUGCGUUUCAGGCGACCUUGAACUCUGAGUGACUCUUGGCCUGUUAUGAGUUCUUGCCUGCAGGAAGCACCAUGGCCCACGUUGCCUUGAUUCCUGGCUUGUCUCGAGGAUCUGUGGGAGCCGUCUGCACUCAGGCUGCUUCGUGGGGACUGAAGGCCAGCACUUUGCGUCACCUUACCCUAGCCAGGGUUGAUUUCUUCAUCCCAGGAGUCUCAGUGGUUGGUGGGUUUUCAAUUUGCUCCAGUCCCCAACGGCUAGAACGAGACAGAAUAAUAGAACUGGCGGUGAAAUAUGCAGACCACCCUCCUGCUGUCUGGGUUCACAAUAAGUGCACACUUGACUCUGAAGUGGCUCUCAGAGUAGGUGGAGAGUUCUUCUUUGACCCUCAGCCCACAGAUGCCCCUCGAAACCUCAUCUUGAUUGCUGGAGGGGUCGGAAUUAACCCCCUGCUUUCUAUCCUGCGCCACUCGGCAGAUCUCCACCGGGACCACGCAGACAAAGGACGUAGCUAUGAGAUAGGGACAGUAAAACUGUUCUACAGUGCAAAGAACACCAGCGAGCUCCUGUUUAAGAAAGAUAUCCUCGACUUAGUACAUGAAUUCCCUGAGAAGAUUUCUUGCAGUUUUCAUGUUACAAAACAGACAGCACAAAUCAGUGCGGAAUUGAAGCCUUAUGUCACAGACGGAAGAAUAACGGAGAAGGAGAUAAGAGAUCACAUCUCAGCAGAGACUCUGUUCUAUGUCUGUGGACCACCUCCAAUGACAGACUUUUUCUCUAAGCACCUGGAAAGCUGCCACGUUCCCAAGGAACACAUCUGCUUUGAGAAGUGGUGGUAGGGAACGGGCACAGAAGACCUGAGAGCCACUUGGGACAGUGAGGCUCUCAAAUGUCCAGCCCGGCUACACGAGUCACACGAGAAACUUCCGGCAGACUUCAUUGGUCACACUCUUUUUGACUAUAUUGAUUUUUCUUUCGUUAAUAAUAAUUCCAUUAUUACAGAAUUUCUGACUCCUGGGAAAAGACAAUUCAGUUUUACUUAAAAGAUUUAUUGUUGAGCUGCUGGCAUGGCAGGCUGACAGUCUGAGGGCCACAUUUCAGAUUGCCAUAAAGGAGGGGGUGGGGAGAGGGUUCCUAAGGGAAGAACCACAGGAAGGCAGGCCUACAGGAUCUACGCAAGCAAGCAGACACUGGCCUGGUCUGCCAAGUUUAAGUGGUUAAAGCAACUGAAAACAACCUGGGUAUCCACAUAAGCAAGUUACAGAAGUGAAGACGCAGUCUCCAUACCAAGGAGCCACUCACAGCUGGACAUUUCUGGGAGUUCCCAAGUCAGGGUUGUUUUCUGGGACGCUAUCUUUCUGGAAUUUUGAGUUUGUGGCAAGCUGUCAUUAGUACUAACAUGGAGGGGACCUAGAAAACCAUGGAGUUUCUCUGGUUGGCCUCUACACCAUGAACUGAUUAAUACAGAGUUUUCUUUCGCCUUUAGGGGACAAAUUGGUCUACUUACAUUAAUUAAAGAAAAUGUGGGUUUUGUGUGAACUGAAUACUUCUUUAAAUUAUUGAACAUAAAUUCAUAAAAUUUGUGUCUAGGGAAUUUAUAAUUUUAAAUACAGUCUUUAUUUUGAAGGGUC